GCUGUUGUUGGAUCUUCUCAACGAAGCGUCUCCACCGAUGCUCGUCCCCCUCUAACUUCACCGGCGCUCGCUAUGCCCGCCCCCUCCGCCGCCGCCGAACGCCUCGCCGCCCAGUGGGUCGCCGACGCCCUCGCCGCCGACGAGACCAUCGACUUCUCCGUAGUAAAGGCGCUGGUGGGAGAUUCAUCGGAGUUCCUCGUCGGCGCCCCGGAUGCUGUGCGGGAGCGGGUGGCGCUCCGGUGCCUGCAGGAACUCGCCGCCUUCGCCGUCUCGGACGAGGAUGGUGCGGCGGCGGCGGCACCGUCGGGGAUGCUUAGGGUUGACGCCGCCCGCUCUUGCGAGGACUUGCUGAUUGAGCUCACCGGGCAGGUUGGAAGCUCAAUAAGUUUUGAAAAGGACAGAAUUCUGCCUUUUAGACAAGAUAUUAAGGACUUUAUUUGUAUCAAGAAACCUACACUGCCAGGAACUUCUUUGGAGUUGCUCCGAGAAGUUGAUCCAGAGAUUCAAUCUGUGGUUGCACCAUCCCCAGUAGAUCAGACUGGCUUCAAGAAACAUGACAACAAUCAGUCCCUGUGCAAUGUCAACCAUCUCCACUCAAAUGUAGAUAAGCCUAGGCCCCCUACAGUCAAUACUGAGCUUCAGCCUGAAAAUUUAACACAUGUAGAUAACGAAACUGAAAUAGGUGAUUUGCAGCAGUGUCCAAUCAAACCAACUGUUGAUUUUGACCAACCAUGUGCAUCAGACAUCAGGUUCUACAAUCAACCACAAGAAGAUGCUAUAAAUGCUGCUCGUGUCGGUGCAAGAACCACAGAAAAGGAUCUUUCUAAUGUGGAUAGUGACAUGUCAGUAGCUGCUCUAUCUGCUGAUGUACCUGCGUCAGCUUGCUCCAAUGCGACUUCGCAGGGCAACAUUGUGGAACCCUUGUCAAAGAAGGAUAUGGUAGAUAAAGCUACCGUGGUUCAACCGCAGCCUUGUAAAGGGAAAUCAUCAAAUCCAAAUGUUGAUGGCACCUGUGAUCAAUCAUUGAAGGAUCCCAGCCAUGAAAACCAAACUGUGCAGGCUACAAUGUCUCCAGCUUUUGACAGAACCAAUGAUGUUUUACCAACCAAUACAUCUGAAGCAAGCCACUUGGUAAACCAGAAUCUGGAUGGCAGUGCCAGCAUUCCACCUGUAGAAAAGGAUCCUGUUCAUGAGGAAUUGACUCUGCGAGCUAGCGGUAUACCUUCUGUAACCUGCAAUGGUGCUAUGCAAGAAGACAAAUCUGGGACUAACCACCCAUCUACAGAGCAUACUACAAUGUUUGAAGAGCAGAUUGGUACCAAGUCUCAACUGGAAGUUAGUUGUGCUGACAAAAACAAGCACACUCUAUAUGAUGAUGGCACCAUGUUGGAAAAGAAUACGGUCUGUGGUGGGGCGAAUGUGCAGAAUGCUCCAGAGCCUCUUAGCUGCAAUGUAACCUUGCAUGAUAAAAUUUCAGAAGCCAACUCUUUAUCAGAGCAGAAUAUUGAAACAAACACAACUGAAGUUCAGGAACGUAGUUGCAGUAUAUCUGUUCCAAACUCUUCUCAUGAUGGGGACAGAAAAAGAGCUAAACAAGAUUCAAAGAAGCAAAGUGUUGGGAAAACUGUGGCAGAAACAUCCCAUGUCCAUAACGCAGAUGAUAGUUACAGUGGAUUUGCUGCUGCUCGUCUGCUGUCAAUGACUGGAAAAAUGCCAUUCUGUAGUCAGGUUCAUGAAGCCAAUGAUUGCCUUGGGGUCUCCCAAGAACAAGAUUUAUGCAUAAAAUGUGGUACAGAUGGUCAGCUGCUGCAAUGCUGCAGCUGCCUUUUAUCUGCUCAUGAGAGCUGUUUUGGUUCUUCAGUGACAUUUGAAGAUUCUGGACAGUUAUAUUGCCCAGUAUGCAUCUGUACUAAAGCCACUGAAGCAUACCAAAAAGCAAAGAAAACAUAUAUUGAAGCUAGGAAGAAUCUAGUUGCUUUCCUUGGCACAGAGCAUAUGUUCAAGCAUCAGGAUGAGCAGCAAACCAACAGUGUGGAUCAAUUGAAUGUGCGAAAUUCAUCAAAAAGGCAAAAAAGCUGCAGCCAAACCAAAGAUGAUGACCUUGCUAAUCAGGGCGAAGAGUCUGAUCGGCAGAGGAAGAAACAGAAAAUAAAUGCUGCAAGUGAUGCAUGUAAUGGGGUAGUCAUUGAAAAGGCAUCUUCUGUUCGGAAUUCUGAUGUGACACUCAUGAAUAAACAUUCUGUGCUCCAGAACAAUAGCAAACCUCAUAAUUCUGAGAAAGACCAUCAUGUGGAAAACACAGAAGUUUGUGAAGAUGCUGGCAAUGGCCACUCAUCUCAUGAGAGAAGAAAUUCAUCUCAGAACAGAUGCACUCCUGCUGCAAAUCCGGAAGUUGAGGCUGACAAAGAGGAUAUCCCUACAAAUUCUCACCAAUCCGAAGAUUCUGAUGAAAUAGAAGCUUCAUCCUCAAAUGACUCUGGCAAGCGAUCCUCACCCCCUUGGCGUACUAUGAAGCAUCACAAAGCAAAACUACAAGAAAGGGAAGCAACUGCAGCUAGUAAUUCUAGAAAAACAUUUGGGCAGCAGGAUCAACACAUGCCUUCACCGUCAGGGAAAAGAAAAUAUGCAUAUCCACCCAAGCGUUAUUCCAAUCCUGUUGCACCCACUGGAAGGCGCACGAAGCUCUGUUGGACAGAAGAGGAAGAAGCAGCUUUAAGGGAAGCAAUGGAAAAAUUCACCCCACGGGACAACGGGGCUAUUCCAUGGGUUCAGAUACUAGAACAAGGCAGGAAUGUGUUUCACAAGACACGCCUCCCUUGUGAUCUGAGGGUCAAGUGGAGGAACAUGAAGAAGAAAGCAGGCUCCUGACGCUAACCAUUUCACGCCUAAUGCUACCAUCGUACCAUGUCAGUCUAACCCUUUCUCACCUCUGAGCAUCCUCAUGACCUCAUGUAAAUGUUUUGUGCUAUCUUCUCGCACAAGUAGGACCUACAAAGUUCAGUCUGAUGUCUUAUGUAGUAGCUUUCAAUCAUUAGGAAACUAUAAGGGCGUUUGGUUUCUCUGCUGUGAAGGUCGUCGGGGUAUGUAAAGGACCUGUAUUAUUUUUCCAACAUCUCCAUUGUACAUUUUCAUCCGCCGGUUUCGGAUGAGUACAGUACGGGACCGAAUUUUCCCUGUAGGCUGUAGCUACAAUAUGCGAUUGUAGCUUGAGUUUUUUUUU